CUGAUCUCUGGUAGGCGCAAUUCUGAUUAGAAGGUGAGAUGCUGUCAGAGUAUCUGAAGUGACGCGACUCAGUAUGCUACUUGAAGAGCCCUAGUCACUCUAUUUGGCGGUCCUAGUUCAUGCAAUUUCCACCAACCAGGUCCCGACUACUCCUAGAAUCCCUUGCCCCAACCGAUGGAUGUUUCAAAACGUCGCCAUUUCUCCGAUCCGCUUUUACAAAGGCAUCUUGAAGCUUUGCAAAGAAAAGGAAUUUCUCCUCUCAAGCUUCCGUAGUUUGAAACCGAAGGCGGAGAAUUAGAUUAAACAGCUCAAAGCAGGAAUGAAGCCGAGGGCAAUAUAUGUAGACGCCAUGUACCACUUCGCCAGAUCUACUGCAUAGAGACCUGUUAACAGUUCCGAACCCAACUAUUCUACUGGUCCUCACAAAAUGCGUCUCUAUUUCCCACUCUUCUCCCUACUUUCCGUGGCCCUUGCCGCAGGCAGAACCUCCCCUCCCUCCGGCUGUCUCGUCGUCAGCAAAACCGCUUCAUCUGGCCAAUACAAGACAGUGCAAUCCGCCGUCAACGCCCUCAGCACAACCAGCACCUCCCCUCAAUGCAUCUUCAUUUACCAAGGCACCUACAAUGAACAAGUCUACAUCCCCUCGCGAAAAGCCGCCCUGACGAUCUACGGCUAUACAACAGACACAUCGACCUACACCGGCAACACCGUCACCAUCACCCAAAAGCUCAGCCAGGACGACGUCGCCAACAACGACCUGACAGCUACUCUGCGCGCCCACUCGGCCAACUUCAAACUCUACAACGUCAACCUGGUCAACACGCGGGGCCAGGGGUCGCAAGCCCUCGCACUCAGCGCCCAAGCCGACAAACAAGGCUACUACGGCGUCCAGUUCCACGGCUACCAGGAUACGGUUCUCGCCAACACCGGCGCGCAAUUGUAUGCCAAGUGUCUUAUUGUCGGCGCGACGGAUUUCAUCUUCGGUCAGACUGCGACGGCUUGGUUUGAUAGGGUCGAUAUUCGCGUGCUGGCUGCUUCGAUUGGAUAUAUCACUGCUAAUGGACGCGACUCUGAGUCCAACCCUUCGUUCUACGUCAUCAAUAAUAGUAAUGUUGCUGCGGCGUCCGGGAACUCGGUUAAGGCCGGGACGUACUACCUUGGGCGGCCGUGGAGGAAUUACUCUAGAGUUGUGUUCCAGAGGACGAGUCUGUCGAAUGUGGUGAACGGGGAGGGAUGGAAGGUUUGGGGAAGUUCGGAUCCAAGGACUGAUCAUGUCUAUUACGGCGAGUAUGCGAAUACGGGGGAUGGGGCAAAGGGAACGAGGGCGGCGUUUGCGAAGAAGUUGGCGAGUCCGGUGGCCAUUGAGACGGUCUUGGGGAGUGGCUAUCAGAGUUGGGUGGAUAGGUCGUACCUCUCGUAGAUAUUCGCAAGGUAGCGUUUGUUUGCACCGGUAUUCGGACCUCCAGUUCGCAGCUUGCGAG